GAGGCGGCGCCGCCCAGCGGGAUCCGGGCUGGAAUCCUCUCGGAGCCCCGCGUCCCAGUCGAGGGGCGCCCGGCGAGUCCCCGCGCGAGCGGAGAGUGUCAGAGGCAGAAGCAGAAGCCAUAAAGUUCCCCGGGCUUCUCCGAGGCCGCUGUCCGGGUUGUCCGUUUGGCCGCCCCCUCCCUGCCUGCCGAAGGCAAUGGCUUCCAAACUCCUGCGCGCGGUCAUCCUUGGGCCGCCCGGCUCGGGCAAGGGCACCGUGUGCCAGAGGAUCGCUCAGAGCUUUGGUCUCCAGCAUCUCUCCAGUGGCCACUUCUUGCGGGAGAACAUCAAAGCCAACACGGAAGUUGGUGAUAUGGCCAAGCAGUACAUAGAGAAAGGUCUUUUGGUUCCAGAUCACGUGAUCACACGCCUAAUGAUGUCGGAGCUGGAAAAUAGGCGCAGCCAGCACUGGCUACUAGAUGGUUUUCCUAGGACGUUAGUUCAAGCUGAAGCCCUGGACAGAAUCUGUGAGCUGGAUCUAGUGAUCACUCUGAACAUUCCAUUCGAAACACUCAAAGACCGUCUCAGCCGACGUUGGAUUCACCCUCCCAGUGGAAGGGUGUAUAACCUGGAUUUCAAUCCACCUCAUGUGCACGGGAUUGAUGACGUCACUGGUGAACCAUUAAUCCAGCAGGAGGAUGAUAAACCUGAAGCAGUUGCUGCCCGGCUGAGACAGUACAAGGAUGUGGCAAAGCCAGUCAUUGAAUUAUACAAGAGCCGAGGAGUACUUCACCAAUUUUCUGGGACGGAGACUAACAAAAUCUGGCCCUAUGUUUACACGCUUUUCUCGAACAAGAUCACACCUAUUCAGUCCAAAGAAGCAUACUGAGCCUGCCCAGUGAAGAACCAGGAAGAUGUCAUUCAUUCAGUUGUAUGUGUAGUACUGAUGCCGUGUCCAAAUUAGAAGCUAGCAGGGAUAGCUUGCAGCGUCUUUUCUAGUCUAAAUGGUGGACUGAAAUGAAAACAAAUGAGUAGAAAGAGUUCAUGAAGAGGCUCUUCUCUGCCUUUCUAAAGAAGGGUCACCCACACAUGUCAAAGAUGUCUGCACGUCUCAAGCCCUUCACAAGAAGCAAGUACAGACUGGAUUUCAAAUGGUGUAUAAUCCAAAGUCUAGCUGAGUUCUGACCAUCACGUUGUUGCCAUAGUAGCCUUUUCACACGUGAUUGUGUUGGCCUCUGGUUCUCCCUGUCCCCCAAAGCCUGUGAACCACAGCACCAGGUGGCCUGAGAAUGUGCAGGGCAGUAGCCCCGGCCUUGUCCCAAGUUCUCUGGUAUGUGCCCUUCCUGGUGACUGUGCGAUUGAAGCCAAUUGCUCUUUAUGGUCGCUUCUUUGGCCCUGAGUGACUGUCCACAAUUUGCUUUUUUCUGUUUGGAGUGAUACCUUUUUCUGCAACCAUGUUCUGUAGAAUCUCUCCUUUUCAGACAUCCUGGAAUGAAAGGAUUUGGCUUCUGCUAUUUUUAUUAGACUGUAUUUUGGUACAUCUGCUUUCUCCCUUCCUAGGCUAUGAAGUAAUACAGAUAGUUACUGCUUUUAUCUCUCAGAUUCCUUUCUAAGAGCCAAGAGCGAGAGGAGGGUGUCCAAUUGCUUCUUGUACCAGGAACUGAGCUCUGCAGAGGGUCUACUUAUGCUGCUGGGCUGACCUUCAUGGGUUGACACUGCUCUUUUCUUUUAUUGUGAAAAAAUAAAAUCCUCAAAGUCUUUGGGAGUCUUCAAAAAAGUGAGAGAUACUACAUAAAUGUUAAAGGAUCAUAUCUUGUGUAUAGAAGUAAUAAGACCAUAUGGAAUUACUGCACUAAAAGAAUAGUUUAGCUUUUUAUUCAAGACAAAAAAAAUGUAUUUUGAAAUGCUGCUAAAUAUUAAUGCUGACAGUGUUUUUCUCCUGUGAGUGACCCAAACAUAUUAUAAAUAGUUGGUAAAGGGAAUGGAGCCUGUGGGUUAAGGAAAAUGUUGCACUAGCUGUCCCCAGACUGAGUAUGACAGCUUUAUGAUUAUGGGAAAACAAAUUUAAAAUUUUUUAAUCUAUUCCAAAGAUGCUUUCUGUGGGGUGGCCAUUAAGUCUAGAAAUAUAGAUGAUACAAUUUUGUCAUUCUUUGUAAUGUAAUAUCAGUAAACCGCUUAUUAAAGAUUUGCCUGGUUUCCAGACUUGGUGGCCACCUAAUGUAAUUCUUGCUCUCCUCUGGGAAGGACAAUGAAAUUUAUUCCUGUUGCCUUAAAAAUAAAUACCCCUCUUCAUGCAUCGUGAUUGUCCCUAAGGAGAGUCCUUUGCUAUUCCUGGGAGUGACUUCUGUCUAACCCUUCAUACUGAGGAGAAGGGAAAAAAAAA